UGCGUUCAGUCUUACGUGGACUUCCAACACACACUCCCUCUCAGUCGGAUGACACACCUCAGUCCGCUAAAACUUCCGCACCUUUGGAUCUACGCCAACAUGCCGCGGCGGACUGUCCAGGAUGUCACAGUUCAAGAUGUCCAAAAGAGAAGGAAUCCCAGCAAACAUUAUGUUUACAUCAUUAAGGUGUGGUGGUCUGACAGCAGCACUGAGAUCAUCUUCAGGCGUUACAGCAAAUUCUUUGAUCUGCAGAUGGAGCUUCUGGAUAAGUUCCCUGUGGAAGGAGGACAGAAGGAUCCAAAACGCAGAAUCAUCCCCUUUCUUCCAGGAAAGAUUCUGUUCAGAAGGAGUCACAUCAGAGACGUGGCAAUGAAGCGCCUCAGACCCAUAAAUGAGUACUGCAGGGCACUGAUCCAGCUGCCAGUGUACAUUUCUCAGUGUGAGGAGGUGCGUGUGUUCUUUGAGACUCGACCUGAAGACCUGAACCCCCCAAUCGAUGAACCCAUGGGGAAGAAGAAAUCUGGCAUUGUGGAGAGAGCGGCUUCUUUCCUAAAGCGAGGAGACUCGAGCGCUGCAGACCCGCUGCUCCUCGAUCAGUACAUCGCCGUUACAGACUACGAGAAGCAGGAGAGCUCCGAGAUCAGCCUCUGUGUCGGCCAGGUGGUGGAGGUCAUCGAGAAGAACGAGUCAGGUUGGUGGUUUGUGAGUUCAGAGGAUGCUCAGGGUUGGGUUCCUGCCACCUGCCUGGAGGCUCAGGAUGAUCCUGAUGACUUCACUCUUCCUGCAGAAGAAGAAGAGAAGUACGCGGUGAUUUAUCCGUACGCAGCUCGCGAUCAGGAUGAAAUCGAUCUGGAGAAGGGAAUGACGGUGGAGGUGAUGGAGAAAAAUCUGGAAGGCUGGUGGAAGAUCAGGUAUCAGGGGAAAGAAGGCUGGGCUCCGGCAUCAUAUCUGAAAAAGUCAGACGUUUUGAGCCAAAAAAUGUCGACGCAUUCGAGCGCUAACGAUUUAGACGGAGCGUGUAAACAACAAAACAACAACAAGGAGAAUAAAGAGAACCAGAGAGAGAGAUUCAGCCCCUUUAACGACAAGAAAAAAGCAGAUGUUCGUCAGAGGCCUCCACCACGCCGAGAUCUUUCAAUACCCCGUGGGUCGAACCUGCCAAAGCCGCCGGUGCCCCCGCAGGUGGAGGAGGAGUACUACACCAUCGCUGACUUUCAGACUACCAUUCCUGAUGGAAUCAGCUUUCAGGCCGGAGUUAAAGUCGAGGUCAUUGAGAAGAACUCGAGUGGCUGGUGGUACAUUCAGAUUGAUGAUAAAGAAGGUUGGGCUCCUGUCACCUUCUUGGAUAAAUACAAGAAGACCAGCAGUGCUUCCAGGCCCAAUUUUUUAGCCCCUCUGCCUGGAGAAAUGGCACAGCUGAAGCUGGAGGAUGGUUCCGUUAGCAAUCCCGGCUCAGACGAUAACUGGUCCAAACCUCUCCCGGACGAGCCAUCUACCACCGCUGACUUCGCCACUCGUCCCAAACUGAGAGACUGGAAGUCCAACGCCGCCAAGAACAACUUGCCUUUCUCCGGUCCGCUGCCACCAGCGCCUUCUUUACCUCCCGCUGAGGAAAAACCAGCCCUUCCACCCCGGAGGGAGUCCAUCAACAAGAGCCUGGAGUUAGAGGAGAAGCUUAAAUCAGACGUUUCCAAACCGCUUCCUCCCAAACCUCCGGCUCCUGGAGUCCUCGUGCCCCUGGUUUCUCCCAAACCGGCUCCGUUCAAAUCCGAAAAGCCUCCAGAACCAAAGAAGGAUGAAAAGAACAAGCCCCUGCACUUGAAGAAUGAGAUGGGGUUGGAAUGUGGCCACAAGGUUUCCGCCAAGGAAGUGAAGAAGUUCAACUUGAAGCCGGUGCCCAAGCAGCCGCCGAAGCCCAAAUCCGAAAGCCAAGAAGAGAAAGCGGAAUCCGUCAGUCCCGUGCCUUUCAUGAAACCAAAACCGGUCGUUAGACCGAAACCUCCACCGGCCUCUAAACCAGAACCACCGAGCAAGAGCGAGCUCGAUAUCACCAACUUGAGGAGCAAGUUACGUCCGUCUAAACUUCCCGACACAGACUCCAGCCAGCAGAACGGCACUUCCUCAAACAACGGUGAACCAAAAUGUCCGCCCAAACAACAAAACGGCCACGAUUCUGUAGAAAUCCCUAAAGGGCAAACGCCUGGUCCUAGAGAACCACCUCAGAGGCCCGGCUCUGCUCCGAGACGACCUCCACCACCGAAGAAAACUUUAGAGCCGGAAACCAAACCGAGUUCCCCAGAGCUCAAAGCUCCUCUGAAGGACAUCCCAGAGAACAAGCCUGCCCACGCCUCUCAAGCCCGACCACCGCCUCCGAAACCGAAAGCCACCGCCGCCCCGCAGGCUUCCAAAGACAAAGAGAAGGAAGAAUCUCCAAAGGGGAAAGUCCUGGUGCCUCCGAAACCACCCGUUAAAACCGAUAAACCGCAGCCGCCGAGAGACAAACUUCCUCCUCUGAUCAAGGAUCCGGCUAAAGAAGAGCUUUUCUUAGCCGUAGCGGACUUUCAAGGAGACGAUCAAACUCCGGGGUUUAAAGAAGGCGCCGUCUUCGAGGUGCUCGAGAGGAACAGCACGGGUUGGUGGUUUUGCAAAAACAUAAGCGAUGGUUUAAUGGCCGAGGGCUGGAUCCCUUCCAAUUACUUAACCAAGAAACACUAGGUACCUGUCAGAUAGCACCCCCCUUUUAACGUUAUCUCUCUUCGUUUGUAUUUAAUUAGUCUGUGUUAUUUAUGGGUACCUUUACAUUCAAAGUCUCGUUACAUUCCGUUCUUUUGUGCUUGCGUUGUGUUUUUACUGUCCCUUUUUUCAGGGACGUCGGGUGGAAUUCUUAUUUUUCUUCUUUUUUGAUGAGACACUUCUUUGGGAGAAAGCAACAAACGUGUCUCACUGCUAACCCCAUAUUAUUAUUAUUUUUCUAUGCAUGCUAACCAAACUCGUACUAUUUUUAUAUUUAUAUUGAUCUUUCACGCUAUAAACAGACUAGCAAUAUACGUAUAAAUGACUUUCUGCAGCCUUCUUGCUCUCUAUUGUGCCUCAAUAUUAUAAUAUUAAUUAACAAUAUUAAAAGCCGAGUUCUCCGAGCUUCUAUACGUUAGCAAAAACGUCUCUGUGUAAGACAAAUAUAGUGUAGCAAUCGUACAGAAUCAUGGAUUAUAAAUGUAAUCCGACAUUAACGUUCACUUCUCACAGGGGGAAAUUAGCCUUGUGCUUCCAUGUGUUAUGAUAACGCAGAAAAACUUUAUUAAAAAAUGAAAAAAAGUGUUUGAAAUCCAAAAAGUGUUUUUAAUUUCGUUUUGUUUUGCGUAUUUACCCGUUUUCACACCACGCAUUGGUGAUUUUGCUGCGAUGCUUCAACUUGCACUUUUUGAUAGGGAUGCAUCGAUAACAGGAGUUUAACACUAGAACCCAUACAAACACAGCCAAAUAAAAUCUUCCCUAAAGUCCCUGAUUGAUUCAUUAAUAACUCAUUUCAGUAUCAAGUAUCAAUAAACACGUAUUCAUAGGCCGUGUGAGGGAAACAAUGUUAGCGAUGCAUCCCUAAUUUUUUUAAUUUAAGAGGUGAAGUUCACAGAUUUCAGAUUUACUGUGGCACCGACGUGAAACUAAAGAAAAAACAAGACUGAUUUCGAUAAAACAUGCUCAGUUCUGUUCAGCAGUGUUGCAUUACUGACAAUGGUGCUUACAUUCAGUAUUUUAUGAUCAUUUUAGUGUUUAACAUGUGCAUGCUUGACUGGUUUCAAGUAUACUUUUUUUAAUGAGUGACGCUACUUUCGUUUUUAUGUUGUAUUUUCUUUUUUCGUAGAUCUUAUGUUUAUCACACGAGAAGGGCGGCGUUUAAGAAGUAUGACGAUGCUCAGAGUCACGCCUUAGUAUAAAAUAACAGUAUUAACGGUUCAAGUUGUUGUGUUUAUGUUGUUUUGGUUUAACACUAGUAUUUUCCCAAAAUGUAUACAGUGGAACGAUCUUGUGGGAGUGCGUGACGCUUGAAGAGUUUUGAAGAUGGUGUUUUCCAGACUAUUUUAAUUGUUAAUUUUUUUUUUUAAGAAUUUUUGCAACAAAAACAUACAAAUUGUGGUGGAAAUCCCCAAACCCGUAACCGGAUGUAAGUGAGAUCGAUUGAAAUGUUUUAACGGCAGUUGCCGCUAUAACGAAAACGCCUGGUAUGUUAAUGUGAGUUGCCAGUUUAUCAGGAACACCCCCUUAUGUGUACACAAAUGCUACAUUCCAACAGUGUUAAAUCAAGAGACCUGGCGUUUCCAGAUGAAACAAGCGAACUUAGUGACUAAAAUUAUUUUACCAACUACCUACCAGUGCAACUGUGAAAAUCGCAUUUACAAAAAAAAAAAAAAACAGAUGAUGAAUACAGGUCAGGAAUUGCUACAGAUCUAAUUAUAUUUUUUUGUUCUCACUGCUUCAAAAAAACAAUAACUAAUUUAAAAUAAAUAAAAACAACCUCCUAAUAUACUGUCAUUACUCAAAAAAAGUAUAUACAAAAGUGCCAGAAAAGGUUUGCUAUAGAGUGAUGCCCCUGAAGAACCUUUCGUUUCCAUUCAUGAUUCUUUAACAACUUUUAUUAAACUGCAGAAUCUUUUCUAGCACUUUAUUUUGAAGAGUGUGAGGAAGUCUAUGACUUAAUAUUCAAAUAUAUUUUAAUACUUAUAGGUUUCAUAUUUGACCAAAGAUAAAAGAAUUAAACAAACAGUCCUAAUUUACAGUUUGCUACUGUUGGCAUUUUCAACAAGAAUCUUGUUUAAAGUUUUUUUGUUCACUUUUUAGAAAUAAUUAUUUGAGUCGGAACCAAGCGAAAGGAAUAUUGGUCAUGCAGAACAUCUGGAAAUGGCUGCGACAGGUUAUUAAAUAGACAUGGCUUAAAAAAUGGCAACACGUAAGAAGACAUGUCUUAUAGUCCGGGGGAGAAGAGCGAACUGUGAUGGUGCAGGCGUAAACGAAGCGUGCUUUAACGGAGUGGAAAUAUUGCAAGUGAGUGAGUUUUGAAAGAAAAAGGAAAACUUUCACAUGGUGAUGAAUCUGGGUGACUUUGCAGAAUGGACACAUUUCUGUAAUCUGUACGCUAUGUUUAUUUUAUUUUUCCAUGUCACGUGCAAUUUCUUUUGUUUCUAAUAAAACCUAAAUAAACAUUUCAAAUCAAA